CAGGAUUGCCAAUGUGUCCUAUUGAAUUUAUUUGUUUAUGGUAUUUAAUGUCUAUCAUCUAUCUCUCACUUCCAAAAUUUAAGUUCCUCCCGACCAGUGAUCCUUUUUGUCCGCUAAUAUAGGUCAACCACUUAGAAAUGUGCCUGGGACACAGAACGCUUUCAGUAAAUAUUCACUGAGUAUGAGCAUGAACAUGGCAGAAGGGGACACCCUGAUAUCAGUGGAUUAUGAGAUUUUUGGGAAGGUCCAAGGGGUGUUUUUCCGCAAAUACACUCAGGCUGAGGGUAAAAAGCUGGGAUUGGUUGGCUGGGUCCAGAACACUGACCAGGGCACAGUGCAAGGACAAUUGCAAGGUCCCAUCUCUAAAGUGCGUCAUAUGCAGGAAUGGCUUGAGACAAGAGGAAGUCCCAAAUCACAUAUCGAUAGAGCAAACUUCAGGAAUGAGAAAGUCAUCGUAAAGUUGGAUUACUCAGAUUUCCAGAUUGUGAAAUAAUGGCCCGAAUUUAAAUUUUCUAAGAUAAACUCACUGGUUUUGUUUUUAUUGUUAAUAUAGAACUAUUCUGUGUUCAGUAUUAGAAUUUGUCAGUAAGUUAUGUUAGUAUCAGAUAUUUGGAUAUCACUGUAUAUGUAUGAUAGAAGGAUGACAACUACCUAUUCACAAUUCUAAUAAAUAAAAACACAUUAGAA